CAGAUCUACUAACUUCCCAUUGACUAUAUUAUUGGAAUUUGGAAGCACAUAUAUAAACACCCUCCUUUUUCCUUCCCUUUAACUCCACACUAAUUAAAGAUAGAUCAAUAUAAUCAAGAUCAUCAUAUAUGGGGAGCUACAGAGUAUGUUUGUGCUUCACAAGGCGGUUCGGGUUAAUAGACCUCGAACCGCCUUCGGAAGCACGUGAGCUUUUCAAGAUGUAUACAAGUGGUGGGGCCUACAUGUCGCCGGAGCAGCUCCUGCGCCUCCUUGUGGAGGCACAAGGGUGGCCGGAGACGACGACGACGAUCGCCGAUGCCGUGAAGAUAGUGGAAGAUGUAUUGAAUCAGCGACACCACAUUGCUAAGUUUACUAGGAACUCUCUAACAUUUGAGGAUUUCUUCUACUAUCUCUUCUCCGUUGACCUCAACCCCCCUUUCAAGACUCAAAUUAAUCAAGAUAUGAGUGCUCCAUUGUCACAUUACUUCAUAUACACCGGUCAUAAUUCCUAUCUCACGGGGAAUCAAUUAACAAGUGAUUGUAGUGAUAAACUCAUAAUUAAGGCCUUAAAGCAAGGCGUUCGAGUUAUUGAGCUUGAUUUGUGGUCUAAUUCCAACAAAGAUGGCAUCAAUGUUCUUCAUGGCAGAACCCUUACGACUCCAGUGGACCUCUUAACAUGUCUCCAAGCGAUAAGAGAUCAUGCAUUUGACUCAUCUGAAUAUCCAGUUAUCAUAACACUUGAAGAUCACCUGAAACCUAAACUUCAAGCCAAAGCUGCUCAGAUGAUCACACAAACAUUUGGGGAAUUGUUAUACUACCCUCCCUCGAAUUACCUCGAAGAAUUUCCUUCCCCGGAAACAUUGAAGCAUAAGAUACUCAUUUCAACGAAGCCACCAAAAGAAUGUCGUCAAGCUGAAACAGAUAUGGUUAACGUUAGUAGUAAUUCUUCAGAAAGAGAUCUUGAACAUCCAUCACAGCGUAAGAUUGACGUGCCUGCGAAUGGAUAUGUACAAAUGAACGGAAAUGAUUAUAGUGGCCAAUUAGAUAAAUCGCAGCGUUUUGAACCACCCGCAUACAAGUCUUUAAUUGCAAUUCCUCAGAGAAAAUGCAAGUUGGAGGAGGCAACUAAUACUGAUCCUGGUUAUGCUGUACGCAUCAGUUUGAGUGAACAAAAACUCGAAAAAGCAGUUGAUUCCCGUGGAAAGGAUCUUGUAAGGUUUACGGGAAAGAAUAUGCUAAGAAUUUAUCCAAAGGGGACUCGAUUUAACUCAUCGAACUAUGAUCCAUUUGUUGGUUGGAUGCAUGGAGCUCAAAUGGUUGCGUUUAACAUGCAGGGGUAUGGGAAAAUGUUGUGGCAAAUGCACGGGAUGUUUAGAGCCAAUGGAGGGUGUGGUUAUGUGAAAAAACCCGAUUUCUUAAUAAAUGCCAUUGGUAAUCAAGUCUUUGAUCCAAAAGAAAAAUUGCCCAUCAAGACCAAAUUAAUGGUGAAAAUUUACAUGGGAGAUGGUUGGAGAAUGGACUUCAAGAAAACUCAUUUUGAUAGAUAUUCGCCACCGGAUUUUUACACCAAAGUUGGUAUAGCCGGAGUUCCAGCAGACGAGACAAUGCAAAUGACGGCGAUUAAGGAAGAUCAAUGGAUUCCGAUUUGGAAUGAAGAAUUCACGUUUCCACUUAGUGUCCCUGAAUUAGCAUUGUUAAGAGUUGAAGUUCACGAGCAUGAUAAUGAUAAAAAAGAUGAUUUUGGAGGCCAAACGUGUUUGCCUGUUUCAGAAUUAAGACCCGGAAUCCAUGCAAUUCCAUUGUAUAGUCGUAAGGGAGAUAAAUUUAAUUCGGUCAAACUUCUAAUGCGAUUUCAAUUUCUAUAAUUCUUGUUUAAUGUACGUUAAGGCUUCGAUUGUUGUAAAUUUCCAAAUAAUGCAAGGAAAAAAAAACGCAUGAAUGUUUUAUAAAGUAGCAUGUUGGUUUACACCUCCGACAGACUCCAGCUCUAAGCAACACACUGCAUGGUCAUGCAACCAGCAAUGUUGUGAUCACCUGGGAUGAUUCUAGAAUACUCAACAAACACUCCUACAUUCACGGCAGUUUGUUAGAGAAUUAGUUAUUUGAUUCUUCAUGUAAUGAUCAGCUUAGAUAGCUUAGGGGUACAAGCCAAUGAUUCUGAUUGGCUCUUAGUAUUUAGCUUGCUACCUAUUGGUUAGAACACAUCAUCUAAUCGGUUGUAUAUAUAGCUAUGUCUGUUGUAAUAACAUUAUCAAUUCAAUACAAUUCAAUUGCUUUC